AUGGCAGGAGUCAAGUCCAUUGACGGCGGCGCAAAAUGGUACACCUGCCGCGAGCGCAUGGUGCUGGGAGAAGCCCCCAUUUUCAGAGCCAGCGACUCGACCCUGCACUGGGUUGAUCCACUUUCAGAACCUGCGAGGCUGUAUAUUCUCCAGGUAGACGAAUCUGGCUCGCCAGUUGGAGAGGCGCGGGUUCUUGAUCUCGAGGAUAGUGUGACGGUGGUGUGCUUCCGGAAGGAUAAACCGGGGUACAUCGCUGCAUACUAUCAAGGGGUUUGCUUCAUUGAUGAGCAGACUGGGAAGAUUGAAGUUGCCAAGGAAAUCAUCCCGACAGACCAGCGCGAUAUUCUCCGGUUCAAUGAUGGAGGGGUCGAUGCAAAAGGUCGUUUCUGGCUGGGUGAGAUUGACAAGAAGGUCAUGGCGCUUGGGGCUGGUGCAUCGCUGGAUAAUUAUGGGACGCCGAAAGGUCGUCUAUGGAGGUAUGACCCGGAUGGAAGCCUGCAUUUGAUGAUUGAGGGUGGGAUUAUCUCUGGCAAUGGACUGGCCUGGAGUCCGGACAAUAAGACCAUGUACUUCAACGACUCCACGGCCUUCCUUGUCUGGGCAUAUGACUUUGACCUGGAGACAGGAAGUAUAUCCAACAGACGCUUGCUCAUUGACCGCCGCACAUCGUUCGGAGAGCCUGAUGGGAUGGUCGUAGACACCGCUGGAAACAUCUGGAUUGCCAUGUUCGGCUCGAACCGUGUAAUGGUAUUCGCGCCAGAUGGACGCCAUCUGAAGGACAUUACUUUGCCUGCUCGAAAUCCCACCUGUACGACCUGGGGAGGCAAGAGUUUCGAUACGUUGUACGUGGCCAGUGCCAUGGACCGGCGCCUGAAUGCAAAUGCCGAGGAUGAGGGAGGACAUAUGUUUAGAUUUCAACCGACAGACGCGCGAGGACAGCCAAAGUACGAGUUUAAUGGUUAG